AUGCGCGGCGGAAAGGAUGGCAGUCGGGGAGGUGGCGGAAGCAGCUCGGAUCAGGACCUUACCAAGGGCUCUGACCCCAAGUCUCUAAGGCGCCUGGUGCAGAACCGAGAGGCCGCCAGGAAGAGCCGACUGCGCAAAAAGGCGUAUGUGCAACAGCUGGAGACGAGUCGCAACAGAAUGCAGCAGCUGGAGCAGGAGCUCGCUCGCGUGCGCAACCAGGUGGCGGUGCAGGGAAGCAGCGCGGACCAGUCUCUGUCGCUGUCAGCAGCGGGACAAGGGGGGGCUGGUGCAGUGGCGGUCAACCCUAAUGUCAACCCAGGCGCUGCGGCGUUUGACAUGGAAUAUGCACGGUGGGUGGAGGAGCAGCACCGCAUGAUGUGCGAGCUCAGAUCCGCUCUGCAGUCCCGCCUUGGCGACCAGGAACUACGCGUCCUUGUGGAGGCGAUAAUGGCGCACUACGACGAGCUGUUCCGGGUGAAGGCGGUGGCGGCCAAGGCGGACGUGUUUCAUCUCAUCAGCGGCAUGUGGAAGACGCCUGCCGAGCGCUGCUUCCUCUGGAUGGGCGGCUUCAGACCCUCCGAGCUCCUCAAGGUGCUGAUACCGCAGAUAGAGCCAUUGACGGAGCAGCAGCUGAUGGGCAUAUGCAACCUACAGCAGUCGUCGCAGCAGGCAGAGGACGCGCUCUCCCAGGGCAUGGAGGCGCUGCAGCAGUCCCUCGCUGACACGCUCAGUGCGGGGUCGCUGGGGGCGGCCAGCAACGUGGCAAACUACAUGGGACAGAUGGCCAUGGCCAUGGGCAAACUCAGCACUCUCGAGUCGUUUGUCAAGCAGGCGGACAGCUUGCGGCAGCAGACGCUGCAGCAGAUGCACAGGAUACUGACCACACGGCAGGCAGCCAGGGGUCUCCUAGCUAUGGGGGACUACUUUGCCCGCCUGCGCGCCCUCAGCUCGCUCUGGGCCGCCCGUCCCCGCGACCACUAUCCCUUACUCCCUUCCGUCGCCUCUCCCUCUCACCCCGCCGUCGCGCUCCCUCCCAUCCCGCCAUCGCCCCUCCCUCCUUCCCAGCCGCCGUCGCUGCUCCCUCCCAUCCCGCCGCCGCCUCUCCCUCCUCCCCGCCGCCGCCUCUCACUCCUCCCCGCCGUCGCCUCUCCCUCCUCCCCGCCGUCGCCUCUCCCUCCUCCCCGCCGUCGCCUCUCCCUCCUCCCCGCCGUCGCCUCUCCCUCCUCUCCGCCGUCGCCUCUCCCUCCUCUCCGCCGUCGCCUCUCCCUCCUCUCCGCCGUCGCCUCUCCUUCCCUCCCCGCCGUCGCCUCUCCUUCCCUCCCCGCCAUCGCCUCUCCUUCCCUCCCCGCCGUCGCCUCUCCUUCCCUCCCCGCCGUCGCCUCCGGCGACAAGU